AUGCUUCCACUCCUGACGCUUCUGCCUGCGGCGGCUGCUGCACCGACCAAUUGCUCCGGCAGCGAGCCUCGCCUUGGCGCUGUGGCCUCUGAGAUCGAUCUCUGUUCUCAGAUUGGCACCAACAUCCUGGAAGAGGGCGGCAAUGCUGUCGACGCCCUCGUUGCGACGACUUUUUGCGUUGGGACGAUGGGCAUGUACCAUUCCGGCGUUGGUGGUGGUGGUUUCCUCACCCUGCGCACUCCCAAUGGCUACUAUGAGACUGUGGAUUUUAGGGAGACUGCUCCCGCUGCGUCCACAGAAGACAUGUACAAGGACAACGAGCCGGCCAGUCGCAUGGGUGGUUUGGCGAGCGGUGUGCCAGGCGAGCUUCGAGGGCUGGAAUACAUUCACACCAAAUACGGCGCUCUGCCGUGGGAAGACAUGCUUCAGCCGUCCAUUGACCUGGCGAGAGAAGGGUUCGAGGUGAACGAGGAUCUUGUUGCGUAUUUCGGAAAGACGUCCAAUCACGAAUUCCUGAUCGAGGAUCCUGCGUGGGCGCUUGACUUUGCGCCCCGUGGCAAGCUCGUAGAGCUGGGCGAGACCAUCACCAGGAAGCGAUAUGCCAACACUUUGAAGGACAUUGCCAAAUAUGGAGCUGAUGUGUUCUACAACGGCCCCAUUGCCAACGCCACAGUCCGGGCAUUGCAGGCGGCUGGCGGCAUCAUGACUUUGGAGGACUUGGCCAACUACACCAUUGCAGUGCGAGAACCAGUGUCGAUCACGUACCGAGGGCACAAGCUCACCACGAUUACCGCACCGUCAUCUGGCGCGGUGGCUCUGAGCGCGUUGAACAUCCUCGAUGGGUACGAAGACUUUGGCCUCCUGGAGAACAAGAACAUUUCGACUCAACGCCUCAACGAGGCCUUGCGAUUCGCAUACGGGCAGCGUGCUGAGCUUGGUGACCCGUCGUUCGUCGAUGGGCUGCCCGAGUUCAUCGAGGACAUGCUGUCUGCCGAGACAGCAGAGGAGAUCCGCGGCAAGAUCUCCGACACGGAGACGUUUGGCAUCGAAUAUUACAACCCCGCUGGUCUGGAGUCCAUCGAGACGCCUGGCACGUCGCACAUUGUGGCGGCCGACGCGGCGGGUUUCGCCGUGUCCCUCACCACGACGAUCAACCUGCUUUUCGGUUCGCGGCUCGUCGUCCCCGAGACGGGUGUGAUUAUGAACAAUGAGAUGAACGACUUUAGUAUCCCCGACACCCGGAACGCCUUUGGCUACCUGCCCUCGCCCUCCAACUUUGUCCGACCCGGCAAGCGUCCGCUGUCCAGUAUCACCCCUGUCAUUGUGGAGGCGCCUGGGGGCGACCUUUACUACGUCAUUGGUGCCGCUGGUGGCAGUCGCAUCAUCACCUCUACCGUCCAGAACAUCAUCAACGUGAUUGACUAUGGCUUGAACGUCGAGGAUGCCUUGGCCAAGCCGCGACUGCACGAUCAACUGUCCCCGCCCGAGACGAGCUUCGAGUACCCGUACGACAACUCGACCGUUGCCUUCCUUAGGGAGCUUGGACACAAUGUCACAUGGGUCGCACCGGGGCAGAGCGCUGCGCAAGGCCUGGUCAGGCUGGGCAAUGGAAUCUUUGAGGCGGCGGGCGAGCCCAGGCAGAAAAACUCGGCCGGUAUUGCGGUGUAG